UAAAAUAGAAAUCUAAAAAAGAAAAUAUGUUAAAAUUUUAAUUAUGUAACAAACCUUAAGUAAAUUACAACUGAAUUUUCUAUAAUUACACAAAUGUACAGAAAUAUGUUAAUUAUAUUAUAGAAAUAUUUAAAAAUACAAAACAUAGAUGCAUUUUUUAAAUUAUAAGGUUAUUUAGUCGAAUUUCAAUUCAAAAGUAAAAUAAAGAAAAUAUUAAAAAAUAUUAAAAAAGUUUUGAGCUUUAUUAAUUAAAUCCAAAUGUUAAUAAUAAAAGAAAUUGAAUCAUUAAAUUCUUCUAAUUAAAAUAAAUAGUUAAACUUAAAUAAAGUUGUAAAUAUUAAAAACAAGAAAUACAAACAAAUCAAAACAAGCUGUAAGAUAACGAAAACAGGACACCAAUGAGGAAAUUAAUUGCUUCAAAUUUUCUUAAAUAUAUUCAAAAAAUUAUUUUAAUUAGCCUCAGUUGCAUAAGUUGCAGCUAUAAGAGCAUUUACGAAAGCUAUAAUAAUCAUUAUAGCUUCUAUAAAUUAAAAGCUAAUGCUCAUUAUUUUAAUAAUGUAUAGCUAUAAUUAAAAAUAUUAACUAUAAAAAUUAAAUAAUAAUUAAAAAACAUAUAUAAAUAUAUAAUAAAUUAAAUUUAAAAAAUAUAAUUAACAAAUAAUUUUAAAAUUAUAAAAUAAAAACAAAUAUUUAAAUCGUACCUUAAAUAUAAAAUUUUAAUUUAUAAAAUCGUAUCGCGCAAUUAAAUUACAAAAAUUCCAUUUCCUCUGUAAUUAUUUUGGAAAAAUAAAAAAAAAUCAAUAUUUUUUUGAUGGUUUUGAAUUUCUAUUGGUUUUUUGCGGCUGCCCGGACUUCAUUUAAGCGAUAUUACGCCGCCUGCCAUUUAUCAAAAUGACUGAUGAUAUAACACCGAAUGAUGAAAAAGUAGUUGCCAAACAACAAGUUGUGGAAUACACCCAAAAAUCACAAAUUAAACAUGAAAAUCGUCAUAUACAACUUGUCCGUGAAUAUGGAUUUCACCCACGUCAAAAAGUCACCGUUGAAGAUGGUGAUGUUCUACCAAAAAAAUUUGAACCAUUUCCCGAAAAUAUGUAUGGUAGACCAUUGGAAGAAAUCGAUACUUUCAUAUAUGAAGAGACUUUUUGUGUUGUAUCAAAACGCUUUCGCAAAAAUUAUAUUCAUCGCUUCACCGGUACAAAGUCUCUUUUUUGUUUUCAUCCAUGGAGUCGGGCAAGACGAGCGUGCGUUUAUUUAGCAACCAAUCAGUAUUUCGACUAUUGUGUAAUGACUACGAUCUUGUUAAACUGCGUAUUUCUCGCAAUGACUGAAACAUUUGAAGAAGCCGAAUAUAUUUUCUUAGCAAUAUACACUCUCGAAAUGAUUAUAAAAAUAAUUGCAAAAGGUUUUCUAUUAAACAAAUAUACUUAUUUGAGAAAUCCAUGGAACUGGCUGGAUUUUGUAGUAAUUACGAGCGGUUAUGCCACCAUUGGUAUGGAAGUUGGUAAUCUGGCUGGUCUAAGAACAUUUCGUGUACUUAGAGCAUUAAAGACUGUUUCAAUUAUGCCCGGUUUAAAAACUAUUAUUAAUGCAUUGUUACACUCGUUUAGGCAAUUAGCAGAAGUAAUGACGUUGACUAUAUUUUGUUUGAUGGUAUUUGCGUUAUUCGCUCUUCAGGUUUACAUGGGGGAACUUAGAAAUAAGUGCGUUAAAAAUGUUCCAAGCGAAUGGGCCAAUGUAACGCAUGAAGAGUGGAGAAGUUGGAUCAACGAUACCGAAAAUUGGAUAUAUGAUGAAGAAGAAAUGCCAAUGCUCUGCGGUAAUCUUACUGGAGCAAGGCACUGCCCAAAAGGAUAUACGUGCCUUUGUGUGGGAGAGAAUCCCAACCAUGGAUAUACUAAUUUUGAUAAUUUUAUGUGGUCCAUGCUAACAACAUUUCAACUUAUCACAUUAGACUACUGGGAAAACGUGUACAAUAUGAUUUUAGCCACAUCUGGACCCAUGAGUGUAUCAUUUUUUACAGUGGUUGUGUUUUUUGGUUCAUUCUAUUUAAUUAACCUAAUGUUAGCUGUAGUUGCGUUAGCUUACGAGGAAGAAGCAGAAAUUACAAUGGAGGAACGUAAAAAAGACUUAUUGGAUCACCGUGACGAUUCAACGUUUAGCUUCGACCCGUCCACAUUAAAAGUUAAAAAAUUAAAUAAGAACAAUAAAAAGAAAAUCGAUUCGAGAAAGGGUGUUCUUUUAGCUUCGUAUUCACGUAAAAAAAUUCGAAGAAGAAAAACUAAAGCUAAAGAAAAUGAAAAAGUUUCUAAUGGGAAUGAAACAAGUAGUAAUAAUGGUAGUCCAAUUAAAAAUGGAAAUGGGAAGGAUAAAAAAAAUCAUUCGGUGACACCAAGUCCUAGCCCAAGUCCAAGACAUAGUAGCACAGGUGAACGACCGCAAGAUUUAGCAAUAGUACAUCGCACUAGGGGUAUAUCAUUUAAUGAUAAUCAUGCUCAAUCACAGCCACAAGAUCCAAAUACUCUGUAUCCAGGCUACAGAGGACAAUUACUGCCAUCAAGUAGACAAGCGAGUUCAAAUGCUAGCGAAGGUGGAGGUGUCGGAAGAGAGUCAUCGUUGGACGAUUCAGGAGUUGUUGAUGAUCACGAAGAUCAAGAACUAACUGGCCUGGAAUUAGUUACAGCAUCUAGCGCGGAGUUACAACGUGAUCAGCUGACCCAAGUUAUGCCGGUUACAUUGGCUCUUUCCCCUAGAGAAGUACGUUUAAUUAAAUGCAAUGGAAAUAUUGCUAGAUUAAAAAAACAUAAUAUUUAUGCUCUACAUCAGGAGUAUCCAAAUGAAAUAGUUGUAAUUGCGAACCAAGACAGUGUGGAUGAUCUUCCAGAUCGAAAUUGUGAUAGAUGUGUUCAUUGUUGUGUUGACUAUGAAGGAUGGUUGCAGUUUCAAAAUUGUUUAUAUAAGAUUGUUAAAGAUCCUCUAUUUGAAUUAGCUAUUACAUUAUGCAUAGUACUAAAUACGAUGUUUCUCGCAAUGGAGCAUCAUGGAAUGAGUGAGAGUUUUCGACAAGCUUUAGAUAUAGGAAAUAAAGUUUUUACAUCAAUAUUUACAUUUGAAUGUAUUGUUAAAUUAAUGGCGUUAUCAAAAGAUUUUUUUCUAUGUGGUUGGAAUAUUUUUGAUUUAAUUAUUGUUUCAGCUAGUUUAUUAGAUAUAAUAUUUGAAUUAGUUGAUGGUUUAAGUGUUCUAAGAGGAUUGCGUUUGCUGCGUGUAUUAAAAUUAGCGCAAUCAUGGACAACUAUGAAAGUAUUAUUAAGCAUUAUUAUAUCAACAAUAGGUGCCCUUGGAAACUUAACAUUAAUUUUAGUAAUUGUUAUUUAUAUAUUUGCUGUUAUUGGUAUGCAAUUAUUUUCAAAAGAUUAUACGCCAGAUAAAUUUGAUCCAGAUCCAGUGCCAAGAUGGAAUUUUAACGAUUUUUUUCACUCAUUCAUGAUGAUAUUUCGAAUAUUGUGUGGUGAAUGGAUUGAACCAUUAUGGGAUUGCAUGAGAGCUGAAGAAAAGAAUGGUGCAUCAUCAUGCUUUGCAAUAUUUCUUCCAACUUUAGUUAUGGGAAAUUUUAUGGUUUUAAAUUUGUUCUUGGCCUUAUUGCUCAAUAGUUUUAAUUCAGAAGAAUUAAAAUCAAAAAAGGAGAGUUACAAGAAAAAGGAAGUUGGUGAAGAAUCGAAAUUAGCUCGUAGUAUAGAACGUGUUAGAUCACUAAUAAGAAGCAAACGUACCAAAGAAAAAAGUGACAAUCAAUAUAAUUCAAAAUUAGAGAAAAUUGUUCGAGAAGUGCAAGCAGUCGCAGCAUCUAAAAAAGCUCUAAUACCAGUUGAAGAUAUGGAAAAACAAUUUCAUCGGCUGAGUUAUCAAGAAUCAAUGAAUCGGCCUGUGUCGGGAUCAGAUUUUGGGUUUGAUAUACCGUUAAAGGGAAGUUUACAAACAAUUGAGGACCAAGGAGAACAUGAAGAUGAAUAUUCAGAGCAAGUUGAAACAAACUUAAAAGACAAUAAUAAACAAAACGAAUAUACCGAAUUAAAUGGUAUUUAUAACGAGUAUACACUUUUUCCUCAAAUGGAAAGAAAGUUACUACAUCAAGUGUCUUCCGGUUUUGGUACACAACAAAAUGAUAGUCGUGAUGAGCAGACUAUAAGUGAAUCUAUUGAGCUGAGAACAUUAGGUCAAUAUAAUUCAACUGACACUGAUCCAGGUGGUGAUCAUAAUAGCUUUUUGCAGCGAACUGAUUCAGAACGUCAUGAUGAACAAAGUCAACAUCAUAAUGAAGAAUAUUUAAGAUACCAAAAAUCAUUGUUAACACGUUCACCAAGCUAUCGUAAGUCCUUAGAUAGAUUAUCUUUAUCAAGUGGAACCAGUCAAAAGUCUUUAAUACCAUCAAAAUCUAAAUCAAUUGAACAUAAUAUUAAUGGAGUUGUUAUUGGUAAUGGUAAUGGACAUGAUGAUGAUGAUAAUAUACAUAAUAUCAAUAAUAAUUUAACAGUUAAGCGUGUUGACAGUGGCAAUUCAUUGAAUACGUUAUCAAUGGACCAAGAUGAACUACUAAAUCAAGUAAAUUUGCGUGAUGAGCUAUUAAAUUGUGAUCAAAAAGAGCUCUUUCAAUUUUUGCAAGAUGAUGUUGAUAAUAGUAAUAAUUACUUUAGUGAUACAGUUGGUUACGGUAGUACAGUUAUUGAUGUUGGUGAUGCUGAUAGUUUAAUAUUAGAUUCAAAAAAAGAUGGUGGUUCAAUAUUUUCCAGUACACGUAAAACUUCAAUAUGUAGCAUUAAGUCAAAUUUGUCAAAUCUAUCGAAUUCAAUUAUUCAACAAUUAGAACAACGACGAGGAGGUAGUAUAUGCGGUUCAACUAAUGGUAAUAAUAUUGACCCCGAACUAGGUGAUACUCAACCAUUAGUGACUAAUUCCGAUUUUGACACAAUCAUUAUGAGUUUUGAGAAAGAGCUAGAAGAAAUAAAAAGGUCAACAACUUCUCUAGAACGACGUUUAUCGAAUUUAUCAGAACCAUCGCCAAUUGCUGAAGAAUGCGAUAAAGAUUUUAUAACGCAUUUAUUAAAUCGUGAUAAUAGUACAAGUCAAUUAAUAGAACAAUCAUCAUUAUCCGAAAUGCCAUUAGUUCACCGAAGAGAUCAUUCUACUUUAAAUAAUCGUAGCUCCGUAAAACUUAAACGUCGUAGUCUUGAAAAACAGAAAAAGAUUGAUGAAGAUUUUAAUGUUUCGAAUGAAAUCCGAAAAAUCUGUGAUCAAAUGCAAGCUCCCUUUAAUGAAAUGUUGAUUGCACCUAUAUCAGCUGUCAUUUCAACAGCUUCUACAUCAGUUCCAUCAAAUGCCUUAAUAACAACAGCUACAACAACAAUAACAUCAAUUAGUCCAUCAAUAAUAAGUGGUACUAAUAUUAUACCAAUAGAAAAUCGAUCGCCAUUUUUACGUCGUAGAAGUGAUUUUUAUACGAAUUUCGAUCGAAUGAAACGUCGUAGUUUAAUAGAGCGAGUUGAUGAAGUACCGGAAGAAGAUCGUCCAACUACUAAAAUUGAAAGUGAACGUUUACCACGAAAAUCAUUACCUAUAGCUGAGGUUGAAUUAGAUAGUUUAUCGUUGAAAAGUACCGCGAGUUACGAAAAAUUAUUACUAAAAAAGCAAAUGGCCCAUUUAGGUGAAUCAGAAAAAUCACCAAGCCCACCACCAUUAUCAAAAUCAGAAUUAAAAAAAAUGAUGAAAUUAAAAAAACGUUCAACAACUGAAGAAAGAACCAGUUCAACAACCACAGAACUAUCAAAAAAAUUUGGCGGUUCAUCAACAGAAAAGAGUCCAGGCAAAAGUCCCAAGAAAUCUAAACAAAGUGCAAUUGGAUCGUCCGCAACCAGUAUUGUUAAAACAUUAACAAAUAAAGAACAACAAUUACAACAAUUAGAAUCGGGACAACAAGAGCCACAGUUAGAUAAAUUACAACACCAACAAAGCACAGAAAAAGAAAAAAACACUAAGAAAUUUUCUGAAAAACCUUGGCAUUGUCUGGUCUCCUACGUGGACGAUCUAACCGUUGGAGGAAGACGUAACUCGCAGGGAGCAUACAAUGAUCCAAUGUCUUUUCCAAGUUUUGGGGAUAAUAAACCCCCAAAAGUACCAUCGGAUUGUUUUCCACAAAAGUGCUAUGAUCAUUUAUACUUUAGAUGUCCAUGUUGGUUCACUUGCAUCGACACCAGAUGGGUCAAAUAUUGGACCGAUGUUAGGACAGCAGUAUUAUCUGUUGUCGAUACACCAGCUUUUGAGUGGUUCGUCCUUGUACUUAUCUUCGCGUCAAGUAUAACAUUAUGUUUUGAAGAUAUAUACUUGGACCAAAAUAAGCCACUUAAAAGGAUACUAUAUUGGACAAAUUUAUCAUUUUGUAUAAUAUUUGUUAUUGAAAUGAUAUUAAAAUGGUUAGCACUGGGGUUUUCGAAAUAUUUUACUAGUUUUUGGACGAUAUUGGAUUUUGUAAUAGUCUUUGUAUCAGUAUUUUCAUUACUAAUAGAAGAAAAUGAAAAUUUAAAAGUUUUACGGUCAUUGCGAACGCUGCGUGCUUUAAGGCCAUUAAGAGCAAUAUCCAGAUGGCAGGGAAUGAGAAUUGUUGUUAACGCAUUAAUGUAUGCCAUACCAUCUAUUUUCAAUGUCCUUUUGGUUUGUUUAGUAUUCUGGUUAAUAUUUUCAAUAAUGGGUGUACAAUUUUUUGGUGGUAAAUUUUUUAAAUGUGUUGAUGAAAUAGGUGACCUAUUGGAUGUAUCGAUUGUCAAUGAUAAAUGGGAUUGUAUUGAAAAAAAUUUUACAUGGAUUAAUUCAAAAAUAACAUUCGAUCACGUUGGAAUGGGCUAUUUAGCUCUUUUACAGGUUGCAACAUUUGAAGGUUGGAUGGAAGUAAUGGCUGAUGCAGUUGAUGCUCGUGGGGUUGAUUUACAACCUCAACGUGAAGCAAAUUUAUAUGCUUAUAUCUAUUUCGUAAUAUUCAUUGUAUGCGGUUCAUUCUUCACUCUAAAUCUGUUCAUUGGAGUUAUCAUCGAUAAUUUCAAUAUGCUUAAGAAAAGAUACGAAGGAGGAGUACUCGAAAUGUUUCUCACCGAAUCCCAAAAACACUAUUACACAGCUAUGAAAAAAUUGGGUAGAAAAAAACCGCAAAAAGUUAUUAAAAGGCCAAUCAAUCAAGUUUUAGCAAUGUUUUAUGAUCUUUCGAAUUCAAGGAGAUUUGAGAUUGCCAUUUUUGUUUUAAUAUUUUUAAAUAUGCUCACAAUGGGCAUCGAACAUUACAAUCAGCCACACGCAGUGUUUUUUAUUUUAGAAGUUAGUAACGCGUUUUUUACAACAGUUUUCAGUUUAGAAGCAAUAGUAAAAAUCGUAGGUCUUCGCUACCAUUAUUUCACAGUACCGUGGAAUGUAUUUGAUUUCCUAUUAGUAUUAGCAUCAAUUUUUGGUAUUCUAAUGGAAGAUAUUAUGAUUGAUUUACCAAUAUCGCCGACACUUUUACGAGUUGUACGAGUGUUUCGCAUAGGAAGAAUAUUACGAUUAAUUAAAGCGGCCAAAGGAAUUCGCAAAUUAUUAUUUGCGUUGGUCGUUUCAUUACCAGCAUUAUUUAAUAUUGGAGCUCUAUUGGCAUUAAUAACAUUUAUUUAUGCAAUAUUAGGAAUGUCUCUAUUCGGACAUGUUAAAUUACAGGGUGCCUUAGAUGAUAUGGUUAAUUUUCAAACAUUUGGUCGUAGUAUGCAAUUGUUAUUUCGUUUAAUGACAUCAGCGGGUUGGAAUGAUGUAUUAGAAUCAUUAAUGAUACAACCACCGGAUUGUGAAUUUGAUUUAAGCGAUUGUGGACAUCCUUUAUUGGCUAUUACAUAUUUUACUAGUUUUAUUAUAAUCAGUUACAUGAUUGUAAUUAAUAUGUAUAUAGCUAUUAUAUUGGAAAAUUUUAAUCAAGCACAUCAAGAAGAAGAAAUUGGUAUAGUUGAAGAUGAUUUGGAAAUGUUUUAUAUUAGGUGGUCAAAAUAUGAUCCCCAUGCAACACAAUUUAUAGCAUUUAGUCAAUUAGCUGAUUUUAUAGCAUCUUUAGACCCACCAUUGGGUAUACCAAAACCAAAUACAGUAGCCUUGGUCUCAUUCAAUUUACCAAUAUCCAAAGGAAAUAAAAUUCAUUGUUUGGACAUCUUACAUGCUUUGGUUAAACAUGUUCUAGGGCAUGUCGAAGAAACAGAUACUUUCAAACAAUUACAAGAGCAAAUGGAUGGUAAAUUUAAGAAGCAAUUUCCAACUCGCAAAGAAUUGGAAAUUAUUUCUUCGACAAGAAUUUGGAAACGCCAAGACAAGGCUGCUAGAUUAAUACAAAAUACAUGGAGAGAAUAUGUAAGAAUGAAAAAAGAACGAGAAAGGCUAUCAAAUUCAAUGGAUGAAGACAAUUCAAAAAAUUCAAGUCCAGGAGGCUGGCAUGCCAAAUUAUCAGCUUUCAAUUUUUUACAUCUACAGGUUGGACGUCGUGGAACAGCAUGCUCAAGUCGUGCAUCAUCACGUAAAUCAUCUCGAGCAUCUGAUGCAUCUGAUUUAAGUGAAUUAGCUGGACCUUGGCUUAAUUUACCGUUAAUGUUAGUUUCUGGGGCUGAUGAAUUAGUCAAAGACAUUAAGCAACAGACUGAAGAAAAACGCAAUAGUAUCAUAGCUGAACAACAAGCCAAAUCUGGCAGAAGAAGAAGCUUUUAUAAUUUCUUUUUACGUCAUCAAGAUGCAGUUGAUGAUAGUUUAACUUCGCCAUCAGUGCAAAGGAAAAGCCUUACACCAUCCUCAAGUGAAGAUAAAGCUGCCACAGUAGCAACAAGUGCACCAACACCUGUACGAAAGCGUGCAACAAGUUUUAUACGUAAAAAGCCACCACUAGAAAGAGGUUUGUCAGCACAAAGCGCUUUAAGAGUUAACAAAAAUGCUUUUGUCUCUGAUGGACCGGAAGUUAGUAUAUUAGUCACAAAACCUUCUCCAGAAGCACCAUCUGGGCCGGGUUUAAGACCCGACAAUUCGACCUUAGUUCAUGUGCUUGUUCAUCGAGAGAGUGAAGAAUAUAAAAAUGAAGAUGAAGAGGAAACGACAGAAAAUCAAGAAAAAAUUGUUGAAAAACCAAAAAAACCACCGGAAAUUAAAAUAACUCCUGGUUCAGAUGAUUUACCGUCACUUCAUGAAUUACAACCAGGUCACCCGAUUGUUCAAAUAAUGGUUGAAAGUCCAAAAGAACCACCAAGUGGAGAUUUUUCCACAAUAUCAAAAGUAACCGAAGCGACAACACAAUCAACUGAAACAUCAAAUACUUCCACUGUAACUGCAGCAGCAAGCGUGAAAUCUGGGACAACAGAUAUGAUGCCACAAACACCGAUUGCAUCCAUAAAAAGACAUUCUCCUCCUACAACACCUACACCAUCUCCAUCACCUCCACCAGUUCCACCAAGAUCGCCAGUACCAACCAAAAAUAUCAAAUCCCCACCUGUACCUCCUAAGUCAAUAAAACCUCAACCGCCACCACUACCACCACAAACCCGUACUCAACCUCAAAAACAAAAAUCACUUACAGAUUCAUUACCAAUGAUUAAGCCCAGAACACCAACCACUCAACCUAGAUCUAUACAUUCCGCAAUAUUAUCACCACCACAACUGCAACGUAAAACGCAUAUACAAAAAAGGGAACAAUCAAAAUCACCACCAAUAAUGCCUAGACCGAUAGUAACACAACGAUCACUUUCACCAGCAGCAACGUCAUCCUGUACAACAAUGUCGAAUUUGCAAUCAGAACACCAAAUAAUAAAAACACCUGUAACACAAACAUCAUCAUUACCAAUUCAAAUGGCACCGUCACCAUUACCAAAAAGGUCAAUGUCGUCAUCUGCACCGCAUUCAACAACCACUGCUAUAGCACAACAACGACAACAUCAAAUUGAUAAAAAUUUACGAGGUGAAAGAUCAAAAGUUUUAAAUGAUUAUGAAAAACAAUCUUUACAACAACAAAUACAAUCAUCAGAUAUUUGUGAAAUUACAACAGAUCAUAGUACAUCAUCGGACUCUUCAAAAUCUGAUGGUGGUAACGGCCUAAAUAAUAAACAACCCCAGAGAAACGAAACAGAAAGGUGACUAUUAGAACAAACUACUACUAAUAAUACGAAUAGUGGUACUACUAACAAUAUCAGUUACAGUAGUAGUAAUAGCAACAAUGGUAGUAAUAAUAAUAACAAUAAUAGCAAUCAAAAUAUUAAUAAUGAAAAUAAUGGUAAAGAAUGUAGUUGACAAUCUUCUACGUGAGUAAUAACUAUUAUUACAAAAAUUAAUUAUAAUAACAUAAUGUUAACUCGUUAUUUAUUAUAAAAUGGAUUCAUCAGUUAUAAUAAAAUUAACAAUAAUUAUUAUUAACACAAAUUAUUACAGAUAUUAUGAAUUAUAAUAUAAAUUUAUAUAUAGUAUGUACAUAAAUAUGUAUAUGUAUUAUCAGUAUAAUUAAAAUUAAAUUUUAAAAAUUUCUUCUCGCAUUGUUCGAAAUCAAAAAACAAAAUAUAAAAAUUAAAUUAAAAAAUUUUAUAGCAAUAAAACCCCUGAAUUUUUAUUACCUCAAUUAUAGAAAACUUGAACAAAAAUAAAAAAGAAAAAAGAAAUCAAUUAAAAAAUAUAAUAUUAAUAAUUAAAAAAUGAAAAUGUAUUAAAAUUCGACUCUAGCUAGAUCAGUUUUUAACAAGAAAAUUUCUCAUUUAAAGCCAAGCUUGCAUAUUAUUUAAAGUUUUUGCAAAAUAUAAUGCAUAUUUGAUUGGAAUUUGUUCUUUAUUGAAAAUAUAAAAUAAUAUUAAUAUAAAAAACAAUUUAAACAUGGCUUUUCAAGUUAGUAAUCAAAAUUGUUUUCUAACAAUUUUUUUUAUCAAUCCAAGCUAUACAAAUUUGAAUUCCAUGAUCACAAACUAUAUUACAAUUAGGCUUUCCAAACACUCUUUUGUGGAAAACGUACAACCUUUGCAAAAAUUUAAUUUAUUUAUAAUCAAUUAUUGCAGUUUAAGCAGCCAAAGAUUUUGUUUAAUAAAUUUUAUAUUUUUAUGUUUGCAACAUAUUCGAGAUGAAAUUAAACAAAAUUUCUGAAUAUCUCAAACAUAUUUUUAAGUGUAUGUUUUGAAAAAAGCUACAUUAUUAACUGCAUUGUUUAUACAUUUCAACCAUUUGCUGCUUAUUUGAUUAAUUUAAAUUUUAAUUUAAAAAAAAUAAACCAUUUCUCAUAUUAUAAAAACUACACUUCGACAAUCUGUAUAAAUACAUACAUAUUAUGGUUUAAGUAAAUAAUUUAGAUCUUUUUUAAUAAAUUUUCUUAUUUUAAAUGAAAGAAAAAAAUGAAAAAAAAAACGAAUAAUUAGAGAAUAAAACUAUCAAAUAAAUAAUUUAAAUAAAAUAUUAUGAAAAUUAUUUAAGUAAUAAAAUAUAGAAUAUCAUAAAAAAUCCUAAUUUUUUUAACAAUGUUAAAAUAGCAAGCUGUGUCUGAUGAGGAAAAAUGAUACAUACAUAUUUAAUUUGAGAAAAAAUGGCUUCCGACAUUGAACAUAAAAUAAAUAUUUUUUUUUUCAUUCAGUCAAAUAGUUGUUCAUUAGUUGAUCAAUAAAUAAAACUAGUAUUAUAAUUUUAAAAUUCAUCAAAAUUUUUCGAAUAUUUUAACAUUUUAUAAUUGUGUUAUAAUUAAAUAUGAUAUAUUAUUAAUUAAAUUUGAUAUAAAAUAAAGUCAUUAAAUACUUUUUUUAUAUUCUGAAAACUUGAAACAUUGUUAAACAUUUUAAGA